CCCGGCGCUGGCGCCGCCCGCAGCCUCCCGCCGGCUUCUGCCUAUUUUAGUCACAGCGGCGGCGCGGUGGCCGUGGCGGGACGUGGUGCCGGCGGUGCUGGGAGCGGCGAGGAGCGGCAGCGCGAGCCCGUACCCGUCCCGUCCGGGAAACUUUUCCGAGGGCGCGGGGCAGGAGUCUCCAAGAUGAACACUACAGUAAUGAGCCCACUCACUGUUACUCCACUAGAUUUUAUUCCAGACUUAAAAAAUGCAACUCUUGUGCCUUUCAAUGAGACUGCAUGUGAAAACUGGAAGGAGAUUCAUCAUCUUGUUUUCCACGUGGCAAAUAUUUGUUUUGCAGUUGGACUGGUUAUUCCAACUACUCUGAAUCUUCAUAUGAUCCUUCUGCGAGGUCUGCUCACCAUAGGAUGUGCAUUGUUCAUCAUCUGGGCUACACUCUAUCGUUGUGCCUUGGACAUAAUGAUCUGGAAUUCUGUAUUUUUGGUUGUCAACCUCUUACAUUUCAUAUACCUAGUGUAUAAAAGAAGACCGAUCAAGAUAGAGAAGGAGCUUAGCAGCCUCUACAAGAGAAUGUUUGAACCUCUCCAUGUGCCUCCAGAGCUCUUCCAAAGACUGACUGGACAAUUCUGCAACAUUCAGACUUUAAAGACAGGUCAAGCCUAUGCUGCCGAAGAUAAAACAUCAGUUGAUGAUAGGCUAAGCGUCCUGCUGAAGGGGAAAAUGAAGGUGUCUUAUCGAGGGCAUUUUCUGCAUAAUAUUUACCCCUGUGCCUUUAUAGAUUCUCCUGAAUUUCGAUCAACACAGAUGAACCGGGGUGAGAAAUUCCAGGUCACCAUUAUCGCAGAUGAUAACUGCAAGUUCCUGUGCUGGUCCAGGGAAAGGCUGACUUAUUUUCUGGAAUCUGAGCCAUUUCUUUAUGAGAUCUUUAAGUACCUUAUUGGCAAAGAUAUUACAAAUAAACUCUAUUCAUUGAAUGAUCCAACCUUAAAUGACAAGACUUCAAAAAAGAUUGAUCGACAGCCCAGUCUUUGCUCACAGCUCUCUGUGAUGCAGAUGAGAAACAGCAUAGCCAGUACCAGUGACAGUGAGGAUGGCUUGCAGAUGUUUCUUCGUGGGACUUCCUCUGCAUCCUCUCUUCUGACAGGUCCAGCAGAGCACCUUCCCUAGUUGGCUCAUCGAUCGCUUGUGUGAAGGAAUUGUCUGCUACGCUUCUCUCCAGAAAUCUCCUGGACUGCUUGCUCCCAGCCCUGUUGCUUUUCCACUGAAUACUGGGGUGGUUAAAGUUCCCUGCAAGUACCAAGGCCUGCAGUCGUGAGGCUUCGUCCAGUUGUCUAAAGAAGGCUUCCAUCUACUUGUUCUUCUUGAUCAGGCAGCCUGUAGCAGAUACCUGCCACAAAGUCUCCUGCGUUGGUCUGUUCUCUGAUCUUUACCUAUAAGCUCUCGACUGGCUUUUCACCUGUUCCACGACAAAGCUCCAUGAAAUGGAAGCCACUCCUUUACACAGAGAGCCCUUGGACAAAUCUGCACACUCAGAAGCCCAAAAGAAAUUGUAGAACUGUGUUUGUGGAAUUAGUUAGAAUUAAAAUUCUCUUCCAGGCUUAGCAGCGAGACACACCAGUAUUUCAGCUCUGGGACAAAGUAAUCUAAAUGCAUGACAUGUUCAGCUGUAAUUACAUUAAUCCCUAAGAUGCAUCCAUGUUUAGCACAUACUUGAUAAAUACACUUUUCUCUAUUGUACUUUUCCUUGGUUUGUGUACCAUGUUUUCUGGUGUAUGGGGUGUACUUUCCCCAAAAGAGUGAUUUAAAUGUCUUUUAUGUUUUGAAAUUGCUCAGUCCAACAGCAGUUGGUGUAGUUGAUACUGCCACCACCCCACUGGCAAUGAUAGGUGUGGCAGCAGCCUCCCAAGUCCGAUAUUUACCUUACUGUUGGGGAGGCAGAGGGGUCACCCAUACAGCAGUGUCAUACAUCUUGGGAAAUAUUUUCACUUACUACUUUUUUGAUUUUGAUUAAUGCAAAAUUUUUUACUUCUGUAAAAGGUUGGUAAAAUUCUUGAUGGAAGGUUAUGUAUCUCACUAAAUUGUAAUGCUUUAGUCUUUCUUUUUGCCAAGAUAGCUUGUUAGUUAUUCCUGGGUACUGUCAUUGCCAUUAAUGGGUUUGCUACCAAGGUGAGCUCUGCUUAAGGAUCUGUAUUCAACAUGGAUUGUGGCCAUGUAUGCGUGUUUUUUCUUGGGUCACAGGGAAAUCUGAACAGAAAAGCUGCCAUUUACCUUACCACUGUUGUAUUUCAAAAACCUUCUCCUGGGUGCUCUCAAUGCAGCAGUCAAUCUUCUUUUAUUGGUCUGGUCUUUAAGAUUCAGUAUGAGGUACUUGCUAAGGCUUACUGUCCCCGUGCUGUUCCCCUGGAUCAUACAUUUGUUUAUUUAAAAACAAACAAAAUUGAAAAAAAUCCCAGAAGAUUUAGUGAGGAACAUAUGGAAAUUACAAACUUUUUUUUUCUUUUAAUUAAAGAAGGAAUGAAUAAGAGAAAGUUAUCUGUACAGGAACUCUACCGGAAUACUGUCUUGUCAUUGCUAGGUGAUCAGUUGUUGUGUGGACAAAAGCUUCCCAUAACAAAUACGAUAUUUGACUACUACAAUACAAAUAAGUUUUACUCUCCUAGUUACCAUAUUAUUGAAAAAGUGAGCAUUUAUAUUCUUAUGUAAUCAAACUUUAAAUUAUGCUUUUGUCUGUGCUACAAACAAUAAGCUUUCAUUCAUUUUCUCAAUAAAUAGAUAUAAAGCUUUUUUCAAAGUUUUUAGUAGUGAAAGGGUGAAAAAUCCUAAUUAGUAGGUCUGAAAUUACAAUUACUAACAAAACUGUGUUUUUAAUUUAAUAAACUAAAAAAACCAACUAACUG